AUGUCCAUUCCGAGAGCCCAUAUAGAGAUGCACCGGGCGGGUGAUGACGGGAACGGGAACACACCACUCAUAGUCAGGCAGCCCGUGAUGCUCGAGCCGACCGAGCUCCGCCUGGGGGGCCAGAGGCCAAACAACGUCUUUGCGGCGCUGAGUGAUGCCGGCAGGGGUCAUAUCGUCGCCAUGAUCGGAGAAUACCUCGGUACGACCAUGUUUCUCUUCAUCGGAUACAUAGCCGCGCAGACGGCGAAUGAGAAGAAAGACAUCACCCUCCGUGCAAACAUUGGUGAGGCUGGCGCGCCUGCCGGACCCAGCCUGCUGCAGAUAUCAUAUAUAUCCUCUGUGUUUGGGCUGAGUCUUGCCACCAAUGUUUGGAUUUGGUACAGAGUCAGCGGGGGCAUGUUCAACCCCUCGAUCGCAUUCGGCCUAUGGUUAUCAGGUGCCUUCAACUGGGUUCGCCUCCUCUGUGUCAUCCCUGCCCAGCUGCUGGGAGGAAUCACGGCGGCCGCCCUGGUAUCUGGAAUCCUACCUGGUCCGCUUCAAGCUGAGAAUUCUGUAGGCGAGGGUGUGAGCACAGGCGGAGGCUUCUUGAUGGAGGUGCUUCUGACCGCCGAGCUGAUGGUGACCAUCCUGAUGCUUGCGGUGGAAAAGAGCCGCACAACUUUUCUUGCGCCCCUUGCGAUAGGCAUUUCUCUCACCGUCAUCCACCUCGUGGGCAUAAAUGUCAGCGGUGCUUCGGUCAACCCGGCGCGCAGUCUAGGUCCCGCAGUGAUCAACAACCACUUCGUACCAGAGUUUUGGAUCUACUUCGUUGGCCCAACCCUCGGCGCAGCGAUUUCAGCAGGUAUCCGUCACCUGCUCAAAUUACUAGCUUAUCAGACAGCCAAUCCGGGCCAGGACGGCGAUGGCAUUGAAUACUUCCGCGUGGUGGCUUCGUCGUCACAAGGAUCAGGAUAUACGGCACCCGCUUGGCGCCACAAGCCAAGGGCCUCAGAGGACAGGGAGCUCCUCCUUCACGAUAUGGUGAAGCAAAGGGAGGUCACCCAUGACUUCCCCUGA